AUGUCCGAUUCCAAGAAGACUUUGCAUCUGACGGCUUUCAUGAGGCCAGUGAGCCUGCAUACAGGAGCAUGGAGAUAUCCCGGAUCUUAUCCAGAUGCCAAUUUCAACCUCAAUCACCUGAAGUCCUUCAUUCAGAAACUUGAAAAAGCCAAAUUCGAUGCCUUCUUCAUGGCCGACCACCUGGCGGUCCUGAACAUGCCAGUGGAGGCCUUAAAGAGAAGUCACACAGUUACGUCUUUCGAGCCUUUCACUCUCCUCUCCGCCUUGUCCGUUGUGACCGAGAGGAUCGGCCUAGCGGCAACUGCAUCAACCACAUACGACGAGCCAUACCACAUUGCCCGCCGCUUCGCCUCGCUUGACCACUUGAGUAAUGGCCGCGCUGCCUGGAAUAUUGUCACAACAGGGAACCCAGAGUCUUCCAAGAACUUCGGCCGCGAUGAGCAUAUGGAACACAGCGAUCGCUACAAACGAGCCAGAGAAUUCUACAAUGUUGUGACCGGCCUGUGGGACAGUUUUGCCGACGACGCCUUCGUUCGCGACGUUGAAAGCGGUGUUUACUUUGACCCAGAGAAGCUCCAUACUCUUAACCACGAGGGUGACGAGCUCAAAGUGAAGGGUCCUCUCAACAUCGCACGCCCAGUUCAGGGGUGGCCUGUUAUUGUCCAGGCAGGCCAGUCUGAGCCAGGAAAACAACUUGCCUCAGAAACGGCCGAGGUUGUCUUUUGCGCGCCGCGGGAUUUGGACUCCGCCAAGUUGUUCUAUGCAGAUGUCAAGGGUCGCACUGCUGCCGCUGGUCGAAAUCCGGACCACAUCAAGAUCCUCCCAGCGGCACUGAUCGUGAUUGGCGAUACCGUAGAGGAUGCCAAGAACAAGCGCCUGAAGUUGGAUACCUUCGUGCAUUAUGACAGUGCCAUCGCAUCACUGUCCAUUUCUCUAGGGGUGGACGCCUCCAAAUUCGACCCCGACGGGCCACUUCCAGAUGACAUCCCAGAGACGAAUGCGAGCAAGUCCGGUCGGGAAUCAGUGAUUAAGCUAGCCAAGGACGAGGGCCUCACUGUACGUCAGCUUGCUCAACGCUAUGGUGGCUAUUCCGGGCUUGCGUUCGUAGGCACUCCAGAGACGGUUGCGGAUGGACUCGAACAGUGGCUGGUUGAAGGAGGAGCCGACGGGUUCACUGUCACUUUCCCUUUCCUUCCUCAAGGUCUCGAUGAUGUGACCGAGAAAUUGAUCCCUGAAUUACAGCGUCGGGGGAUUUUCCGUAAGGACUACACAGGAACAACACUACGAGAGCACCUGGGACUUCCCCGUCCUAAGAAUGCUUUCUUCGAAAAGCCUUAA